AUGUCUGGGCAACAUGCAUCUCAUCUUCAUGGUCUGCAUGUACACGAGUACGGUGAUAUGAGUGACAGCUGUAACUCCCUGGGUGGCCAUUUCAACCCUGAUAACAAGGAGCAUGGUGGACCUCACAAGGAGACUAGACAUGGUGGUGAUUAUGGUAAUAUAGAAUGUGAUGAUAAGGGUGUAGUUCAUAGAACUUUCAUUGAUGAUUACACAUCACUUGAAGACCGUUACAGUAUUCUUGGUCGAAGUAUUGUGAUUCACGAAAAUGCUGAUGAUCUUGGUUUAGAAGUCGAUGCCUCUGGUGGAGCGGGAAAGAGAUUAGCCUGUUGCGUCGUU